AUGGCUGCACAGAACCCGGUGGAAAGCCUACACGAUGAAGCCUCUUGCUCCAUCUGCCUGGGUUACUUCUCCAUCCACUGCGGCCACAACUUCUGCCGGUCAUGCAUCACCCGUUGCUGGGAAGGACUGGAAGGACCUUUCUCCUGCCCGCGGUGCCGGCAGACGGCUUCGCAGAAGAGUUUCCGUCGCAGCAGAGAGUUGGCCAACAUCGUUGACAUCGCCAGGCGGCUGAGCCUGAGGGCAGAGCGAGGAAUGACGGGAUGGGAGGAUUUGUGCCGGCAGCACCGGGAAGUUCUCAAGCUCUUCUGCAAGGAGGACCUGUGCCCCAUCUGCGUGGUGUGCGACAGGUCCCAGGCUCACCGCUUCCACGCCGUGGUUCCCGUCGAAGAGGCCGCCCAGGAAUAUAAGGAAGAAAUCCAAACCUGCCUACAGGCUUUAAAGGAGGAGAGAGAAAAAUACCUGGAAAGCCGAAAAACCGGAGUAAGGAGGAGCCCGUACCUGGAGAGAACCGAAAAUGAAAGGAAGAAGAUAGUGUGUGAAUUCGAGCAAUUGCACCAAUUUUUGAAGGACCAAGAGCGCCACCUCCUGACCCAGCUGGCAGACCUGGACAGGGCCAUCACCAGGGUCCAGGAGGAAGCGGUGGCAAAGGUCUCGGAGGAGAUGUCCCACCUCGACACCCUGAUCUGGGAGAUGGAAGGGAAAUUCCAGCAGCCAGCAAGCCAAUUCCUGCAGGACAUCAGAAGACUCUUGAAUAGUUGCGAGAUGAUGAAGUUCAACCCUCCGGUGGAGAUUUCCUCCGACCUGGAAAGAAGACUUGAGGACUUCGUUCAGAGAAACGUCCUGGUGAGAGGCACGCUGAGGAGAUGCCAAGACAGCCUGAUGUUCAAAUUGCAAGAGCCAACCAACGUGACCUUGGACCCAACCACGGCUCAUCGCAACCUUCACCUCUCCGAGGACCGAAAAGAAGCCAAGGGGCAGCUGAUGCAGAAGAACCUCCUGGACAACCCAGAGAGAUUUGACUUUGAACCCUGUGUGUUGGGCUGUGAGGGCUUCACCUCGGGGAGGCAUUUCUGGGAGGUGGAGGUGGGCCAAGGGGGUGUCUGGGCCCUGGGAGUGGCCCGAGCAUCGGUCAAGAGGAAGGGACCGAUGAGCUUCACCCCCAAGGAGGGGGUCUGGGCGCUGGAGGCUUAUCAUUCCCUCACAUCCCCCCGUGCCAACCUGCGCCUGAACCCGCUUCCCAGGAGGAUACGGAUCUCCUUGGACUACGAGGCGGGGCGGGUGGCAUUUUUCAGAGCAGACGAUGAUGUUCCCAUCUUGGUUUAUACCAGAGCCUCGUUCAACGGGGAGAGGGUCUUCCCCUGGUUCAAGAUGGGGAUGGGGGCUCGUUUGCAAGAAAUCACCCAAAUCCCACCCUCAGAGGACCGGUCAGUCACGAGACAGACGAUGUCCCCUCUGGAUUGGGUAGGGUUCAGGUCUCCCCUCCGAAUCUGUCCUUGA